CCUGCCACUAUCUGGACAUCAGAAGAAGAAGGUGCCCUUGUAGAGUUUCUGUUGUCUGAGUUCUCUGCAAGUGGCGAUGGAAACCCUAAGGAAGCAACAUUCAAGGCAGCUGCAAGCUUGUUGACGGAGAGGUUUCCAAAUGCAUCUGGUGCAGAGAAGACAUCUGAUGCUUGUAGGAACAAGUGGCAAUCACUCAAAUCAGCCUAUAACACCGUCUUAGAUAUCAAGAAUACGUCAGGAUUUACGUGGAGUGACGAGUUUGGGGCUGGAAUAGUGAGAAAGAAUGAUGAUGUCUGGGAUCGGUAUGUC